GUUAUUACCUUUUCGGCUCUCCAACAGAGCCCAGACCGACCGGAUAUUGGGGCAGGGUUUCCGCUUCCGUCUUCUCCCUCCUCCCGCUUGAUAUCCGUCGCCACCACAGCGGCCGCUGCCGGGCGCGGAGUUGGCUGGUCGGUUGGUGUGUCUCUCAACGUCGGUGACCGUGCUGUUGAACUGCCCGCCAUGGCUGAGUUAGAUCCAUUCGGCGCCCACGCUAGCGGCCCCGCGCUGGGGAACGGAGUGGCCGGCGAAGAGGACCCUGCCGCGGCCUUUUUGGCGCAGCAGGAGAGCGAGAUUGCGGGCAUAGAGAACGACGAGGCCUUCGCUAUCCUGGACGGCGGCGCCCACGGGCCCCAGCCGCACGGCGAGCCGCCGGGGGGUCCGGAUGCUGUUGAAGGAAUCAUGAAUGGCGAAUACUACCAGGAGAGUAAUGGGCCAACAGACAGCUAUGCAGCUAUUUCACAAGUGGAUCGAUUGCAGUCAGAGCCUGAAAGUAUCCGUAAAUGGAGAGAAGAGCAAACGGAACGCUUGGAAGCCCUUGAUGCCAAUUCUCGGAAGCAGGAAGCAGAGUGGAAAGAAAAAGCAAUAAAGGAGCUGGAUGAGUGGUAUGCGAGGCAGGACGAGCAGCUACAGAAGACGAAAGCGAAUAACAGCACAAACAUAAACCAUCCUUGCUACAGCCUAGAACAGUUAAGUAAACCUUUCUCACUGCCCCUGUGUGUGCCAUGAAGUCGCAGUGUUGUAGUGGCUCUGGGCUUCAGCGGUGUUUGCCACGGCCAUCCCUGUGAGAGUGCCACCCCUCUGUCCCCACAGACCAGUCAUCUCCAUUGCUUUCGCUUUGCCUGUGAUGCCUGUUGGAGUAGAUGAAGUAGUGUGUCUUCCCUCCUCUUAGCAUUGUCCUUUUAGGCUGUAGCUCCUACAAGUUAGCUCCCAACUGGGGAUGGGCUGACCUUGGUGUGAAAAAAUGUUGGAGCAGCAUCCUACCAAAAAGCAGUUCACACUGCUUGGCUCUCAGCCAUUGGGCGCCCACCCCUGCCAGAGUGCCCCAAGAGGCCCAUGGUACCCGGCUGGAGGGAAAAUGGCAAACUUUUGGCUGAGGAGAAUGUCCUAACAAACCCCUUCCAGAAUGGCUUUAGUCUCUAGUGCCUGCUAGCAUGGGAGCUUUGUCUUGAAUUCCUUUUGAGCUGCCCUAUUUCUCUCCAGCCUUAGGAAUAAAUCCAGAGGCUAUUGUGCAGUGACCUGUGGGCUUCUUUGGAGGUCUCUAAAUUUACUUGAAACUCAGUACAGCCCAACAUAAACUGCUGUUCAAGUUCUUGGCCAGCCUGCUGCUUUGCCCUUGCUCAUGAAGGCAGUGAGUAGCUGGCUAAGGACUGGCUUUUUAAAUUCUCUGUAUCAACAGAGAGAGUGAGUCCUGAACCAAACACCUGUAUUCCAACAUUUUACACAGCAGUCCGGGCCCCCUGUGCCUAGGAAAGCUGGCCAUGUGUAUGCUCCCGAGUCUGACCUGGGCCAG